AUGGAUGGCAUUGUUAUGCAACAACCCAUUGCCACCAAAGGAGAGCCUGUGAAUGCUUUGGAUUUCCUGGCAACACUAGACUUCAUAAAGAUUCGGCAAAAAGUGGACUUAGCUGAAGUACUGACACCAUGGGAAGUAGCAAACAGAUACGAAGUGUUUGAUGGCAACGACAGAGCUUUUCUUAGAGUCACAGAAGAGUCUGAAACCUGUGAACGAGUAUGCUGUAUGCCAAUGCAAAGAGGUCUCGUGCUUCACGUCACGGAUAUGAACGGACAGGAGCUUGCUCAGGUUAAAAAAGACUUCAAGUUCUGUGCUGGAGGCAGCUGUUGCGCUAAUGCUGACUGCUGUGCUAUGGAAAUGUGGACGGAGAGUCCAGUUGGUCAAACCAUUUCACGCUCACGACAAAUGUUUUAUUGUUGUUACCCAAAAUUUCACGUAUUCGACGGAUACGGAAAACAAAUGUUUGAAAUAACGGGACCAUGUUGUCCAUGCCAAGGACCCGGAUGUUACGGAGAUUUGAAUUACCCGUUGACCAAUCCUGGAGGAUCUGAUGCUGGAGCCAGGGUGACGAAGAUCUGGGACGGAGCUGGUAGAGCAUGCUGUACAUACGCCAAUACGUUUGGUGUUCAUUAUCCACCAAACAUGGAUGUCCAGAAGAAACUCUCAAUUUUCGGAUCUGUAUUCGUGUUGGAUUAUCUUCUGUUCGAGAACAAUGACGGCGAGGGAUCAUAA